AUGAGUAUUCGAAAUCAAGUAUUCGCCUGUUCCGUAGUGAGCUACCUUUGUUUUUCCACCGGAAUCAUCUCCUGCUGGCCAUCAUCAGUGAUCAAAGUAUUCAGCUCCGAGAAUACAACAUUAAAUAGAGUAAUGACGGAGACUGAAAUAUCUCUUCUUGGAGGUUUACCGUCCUUCGGGGCUCUUUGUACCAUUCCUUUAAUGGGGAAGGUUUUUGAUACAUUGGGGCGCAAAUAUACGAUAGUUAUGAUUUCUCUACUUCAAGUGAUCGGGUGGUCAAUAGUUUGUACGUUUGAUUACGUGUUAUCAACCCUUAUUGGCUUCCUCAUUACAGGCCUAUCGUCCUGCAUUUACCUUUCUGUGCCGGUAUAUGUUGGAGAGUUUUGUCAAGAGAGCAUUCGAGGUACAAUGACAUCAGGCGUAUUAGUCCUAUUUCCUGUGGGUUGGAUGUUCAGCUACCUGCUGGGAAUGUUGGAGUACCAUACUAUGAACUACGUCUGUCUCACUAUAAGUAUUGUAGGGACUCUGCUGAUGUUCUACUUGCGAGAAUCACCUUUAUAUCUAAUGAAAAAGGGUUUGGAAAAGGAAGCGGCAGAAGUGAUAGCCCACUAUAGGGGAAUAAAGGUUAAUAAUAAAAAGGUUCAUCGGGAAAUUGAAAAUAUCCAACGUGCUCUCAACCCUGUGUUUGAUGAUGUUACGAGUGAAACAGAAAAACUGCACCUGAACAAGAAGGAGAAUAAAAGCCUUAGCACAUGGCAAUUUUUAAAAAAGUCUCGAUCAACGCGUCGCGCUCUUCUAUUAUCGCUGGUCCUCUACACAGCUGCAAUAUUUCAGGGUCAAAUAGUAGUUCAAGUUUAUGCGGAACCGCUAUUUAGCUUAGCGGUUCCUAGUAUGUCUGCUACUCUCUCUAGCGUUUUAUUCGCUGUUGUUAACAUAUUUGCGGCACUUUUCGUGGUCUAUUUGGUGGACAGUUCAGGAAGAAGGCCAUUGAUGAUAUACUCGUCAAUUUGCACGGCGGUAUUUGCGGUCGCUCUUGGCUCGCAAAUCCAGUUCAGCUGGGCUCCUAACUGGGUCACAGCCGUCUUCAUUUAUCUCUUCUGCUUCACCUAUACUACGGGGGCCGGGACAAUACCCUUCACUAUGAGCGCGGAGAUAUUCUUGCCGGAUAUAAAGAAUUUUGCAACUAUAGUCUCUUUCGAGUACCUGUUCCUUGGAUUUUUCUUCGUUUUAUUUGUUUAUAAUCCUGUUGUCGCUGCAGUUGGAUUGGGCCCACUCUUCUACAUGUUUGCCGGAGUUUGUGUACUGACGACAAUCCUCUGCUUCUUCCUCAUGCCUGAAACAAAGGGAUUGACUGUUGAUGUCAUACAAUAUCAAUUUUGUUCACCGAAAGCGCAAAAUAGCGAAUAA